AAAUCCGGGCUUUGUUUGAUAACGAUUGCAGUAUUACUGAGCGUGAGCGACCAAGAUAGAGAAAAGCCAGACUGAGCUUCAAAAAAAAGCUAUAAAUAUUUUCUAUUAAAUUUAAAUUUCCCCUUUCUUGAAAUUUUCUUGAAAAAUUAGUACUAUAUUUUCUAUCAGGGCAACAGUUUCCGAGGAUCACGGGGAGUGAUUAGCAUCAUCUGCAUAGUCUAAUUUCUUACAAUUCUAUGUUCGUUUAUUUGAGUUGCAACUGGCUUCUGGUGGAUUUCCAUGGAAACAGUGGUUGAAGUAGAGGUAAAUGCUGAAUCUGAAUCAGAGGUCUCGAAAACUAAUUCUGCUGAGAAGUCACCGAAGUUGAUUGCUGAUCCUGUUGUUUACCAGCUCGUUCGGGUUGAAGGUGAUGGGAGAUUGGUGCCUGCGACGGAUGAAGAAGUUUAUGAGGUUGAAGACUUGCUUGAUGUUGGGAAGAGUACACGGAACCUCGCUGACACAGGAAAGGAUGUUGAAUGCACUCCAAACAAUAAAUGUUCUUCAGGUAAAUUGCAAUCUGAGAAUCUAGAAACUUGCUCAAAUAAGUCAGGGGAAGUACUUGACUUGGAAAUUCAUUCGAUGAAGUCAAAUACCCAAAUACAGGAGGAAGUAGUACCUUCAUUGGCACCAAGUUCAAUUGAAAGUAUUCUGUCGGAAAGUGGGGAAUGCUCAAAUCCUCGGGUUGGGGUGACCAGAAGUGAAUCGUUAAGUUCAAGUGCCUGUAAUAUUUCAAAACCCGAUUUCUCUAUGGUGAAGGGGGAAAUAUGCCUGAACAAUCUUUCAGUUCGGGAACUUCAUGAAAUUUUCAGAGCAUUAUUUGGACGAGUAACUACUAACAAGGACAAACAGUGGCUUAAAAGGAGGAUUUCUAUGGGACUAACUAAUUCCUGUGAUGUUUCAAGUACAACUUUUGUAAUAGAAAACAAUAAAGUGGUAAAGAAAGGUAAAGAAGAAAACAGUAAUAUUGAUGACGUUAAUAAUACCAAGGAUCCUAUUAAAGGAGCAAGUGAUAAGAUUUGGAAACGUUCAUCAUAUGUUGCAAAAAAAGAAGUGGAGAGUCAUCUAAAUGGUUCUGGCAAGAGGAUGCGAAAUGCUAAUGUGGUGUAUGAUCAUGAUAAGGAAGAUGUUCUCACAGAAUCGAGAGCAGACAAAAGAGUUCGGAAACCUACAAAAAGAUAUAUUGAGGAAGUUUCAGAAGGAGAAACUAGAGAAACUAGUGGCAAAGUAACCUCUAAGGUGAAAGGGUCAGGACAUUGUCAAUCAUCUCCACGACCCAUUGUUAAUCCUAUUGAAAAUAUCAGGUCAGACGGGAAACCGUAUGUCAUGAGGCAGGAUUCUCUCGGAGGUUCUGGAAUUCAGAUUCCAUAUGUUUCCCGGGUUCGAAGGGGUCGUCCAAGGGAAAAUUAUAUGACUCUUAUGAAACUUCAACCAAGUGAACUGGGCAUGCCCUCAAGAGCGGUCAAAAAGGCAUUUGAAAUUUGUGAUCCUCGGCUAGAUAGUGAAGAAGGGAACAAAAUUACUAAAGCAGGGUCAUCCCCUGAAAGGUUUCAACAACCUCUUGCAAGUAAACCUGAGAAAGCUGAGGAAAACUCAGAAAGGAUAACAGCUGAUUUUGUCAAGGAUGACUUGCAGCUGCAACACACAGAUCCAUCUAGUUCUGAUGAUGGUAUAGCAACUGUACCUACAGCGAAUGGUGGAAUGCGGAGGAAACAUCACCGUAUAUGGACUUUGAAUGAGGUUGUUAAGCUGGUUGAAGGAGUUGCUAGAUAUGGUGUUGGUAGAUGGUCAGAGAUAAAACGGGUUUUCUUUGCAUCACAUUCGCACCGAACCUCAGUAGAUCUGAAGGACAAAUGGAGGAAUUUGCUAAGAGCUAGUUUUGCACAAAUGCCCUUAGACAAAGGGGUGGAUAGUUCCCGGAAAAAUGCAUCUAUUCCGAUUCCGGCUCCGAUAUUAGCUCGGGUGAGAGCGCUAGCAGAAAUGGAAGGACAGUUUCCGCCAAAUCUCAGUGGAGUCAAGAUUGUUGGACAUAGUAGUAGGGAUGUUCUGGAAAGGAGAUCAGGGUACUUGUAGCCAGAGUAGAAGUAUUCUUUUUUUCUUUCUGUUGCAUUUCUAAAUGAAAAUAAGAAUACUAGGUAUAUAUAAUAUGUUGUAUCGUUCUCGUGAUAAAUGUGGUCUUGUAAACAUAUCCGCCAUGUAAAAUGUGGUCUGAACCUAGUUGCGCUGAACAUUACUUAUAAUAGAAAAAAUCCAGAGGAAUUGACCAAA